AUGUCGUUUAUCACGAAGCCUCUGCUUUCAUUUAUUCGAAACAAAGAGUUUCAGGAGAUCAUUGAUUUCCGCCCGGUUCCCGCUGCUGGUACGUCUUUUGACGCAAAGGGCAACUUCGUGUGUACCGCCGGAAUGGUCGAAUGCCUGGGACACAAGUGGCUAAGCUGCGCCGUAGAGGAGUUCCACCAAAUCGGAGACUUGGUAGAGCGGAUCGCUUGCAUGGAAAGCAAGGACAACAAGGGCAUGACAUGGAGCUUCAUUAUCAACCGUUGCUUUGAAGGCGAAGCGUUCACGAAGAUGAAAACAUGUUACGACACGAAGAGUGACGAUCUCCUUCGAAAGAAUGUGGCGAAGAGACAGGCUCUACGUGUGCCUUGGGUCCCCUACGUUAUUCUCAACGGCACGCCACUAGGCGACGCGAGCCAUGGUAUUGGCUUGAAGCAGCUCAUGGAUGCCGUGUGUAAAGCCUACUCUGGACCAAAGGAUUUGUGGCCGGCACCAUGUCAACCGAAACGUCUUCGGGAUGAAGCGGAAACCAAGGCCCCAGCGGAAGAGGUGGUGGUCAAGCCGUGUGCUCCUAAGAAAAAAGACACUGAUACCACUGGCAACCAGUACGAUGACCCCCCAGGCAUUGGUAAGCCGCUUCCAACUGAACCGGAGGCCAAAACGGUCACCGAGUUUGAGGCAAAAGUCAUCGGAGGCAAGCAGGCUGACGACGAGGAAACAUCGAGUGCCACUAUGACUGCAGUUGUUAUACCCGGGGUAUGCUUCGUGGCACUUGUUGCCAUUGCUCUGAGAUUAACACGCGACCACAAGAAGGACGCGUGA